AUGUCGGUCGCUCGUACUGCGACUCCGAAAUCGGAGCAUGCCGCAUCUUCGACUGCAUUCGAAUCUCUAGCCACACAAUGCCAGGGCUCUGAGAGUCCGCCUGUACCUCACGAAAAUGAUGACGAUACUGACGCUCACAGAGUACAGAUGAUUCUCAGAAUCAAAAGAAAACGCAACCAAGAUCCCGUAGAUGCCCUCAUCAUUAAGCAGAAUGAGCGCAGACACAAGCGCAGGUCUAUGAUACUGCCAAAUGAUGAUGCAGAUCCAGACUUCUCGCCAGACAGGAAUGCGGAAGCUACAGCUAAGCAGCGCGGCGUUUUUCGUCUGGCGGAAACCGUAUCGCUCCAGUCGUUCUCAGACCCCAUCGCAGCGCGUAGGCUCCAUCAACGCAUCUCGGCGCUAACCAAGUCGAUCACGGUUGGUCCAAGCACCAAGCCUCUGAUGCCUUCGAAACUCGCUCAGAGCGUCUCAUCACCUUCGCUUAGCCAAACCGCCGUUGAGCAGCGAUUCGAAUCAUCUUGGAGCAACGACGAUGAAUCAAGCGGUCCAUCGACGUCGCGUGUCCAUCGUUCACUCGGAAGUUCGGUGACCUCGCUUAAUGCACCGACAGAAGCAUCGCCUGCGGCAACAACUACUUCUAGGCUCAAGGCGCUCGCGUCCGAGCAGAUCGACCGCGAUAAGGAUCGUCGAUCUCGCAGCAGCACGCCUUUGGGUAUCCGCUUCAAAGUCAUCUCAAAGGAUCAUGCAGCUGGGAAAGGUCUCAGACGUUCUGGAAGCUCAGCGAGUCUCCGAAAAUUGCCCAGUACCGCAGGGACAAGCCGUCCCUGGCACACGCCAGUCGGGCCGCCCGUGAUCCGGUCCAAGAAGGAAAACGAGGCAGAGGCCCUCUUUGGACGUAUCAUUGAUGCAGAGACCGAGUCCAUAGGCCCUGUACAAAAAUCGACACGCGCAAGAGCUACGGCUGAAAAGCAGGCAAAGCAGGCAGUGCCCGCACAGCACGAUGAGCAGAUGGCCGGCCUCGAUGCCAAAUUCGCCGAAUUGCUCGGCGAUUAUCUGCGGUCAAACAAUAUUGAGCCCUCUCAGGAUCUUGACAAGAUUGCUCAAGGCGCUUCGCAGGAAGAUGUAGGUGAAGAGGCCGGUUUCGGACCUGUUACGGAAGCAGGCACGUUGCAAGUGGGAGCAGAAGGCGACGAGGAUGAUGAGGAUGACUAUGUAUACGAUGUAUACUAUCGAGACAUGCUACCAACCAAAGCUGGCCCUCAAGGAUCUGCAGAGACAGGUCUUCAACCAGCGCAAGUUGCUGGGCGAGAAAAGGGUGCCGCGGCUGGCUAUACUGCUGUUCCGGACUCGAUGGCUUUGCCCAGGGUAUUGGGCGGAGAGGUGGUGCCUCCGGAAUCAGCUGCUCUGACGCCCAACUGGUUCGCUGGUCUCGAUUUUGCUGGACCCAACGCAGUGAUUGCGUCACUUGAGGGCUUUGAGGACAGCGACGACGAGAUUGAGCAGGUAGAGGACGACGGAUUCGAAAGCUACGACGAAGGCGAAGACGAGGACAGCAACGACGAGGGCUUUUACAGAAACGACUACCCGGAGCAGGAGCUUCCAGAAGCCGACGAGGUCGAUUUCGACUAUGACGACGAUGAGUUCGACGAGGAUGAACACGAUCAAUACUCUCUAUCUGAUGGAAGCUUCUGA